CCAGCCUCCUCAAGCACAGCUGGACCUGCCGACUGCACAUGCAGGAGUCUGCUCUGGCCUUGAAAAUGAUCCUUCUUGAGAGGAUUUUCCUCCUUCCUUGAGGGAAAGAAAACCCAUUAACAUAAAACCCACUUCCCAUCUGGUUUCCACUGCUAAAUGCCACUCCAGUAGAGACCGAGCGUUGAUAAAUAUAGGGGGAGGAAAAAGUCGUAAGCUGAGCCUGGUCACAUUGCCCCUUGUGAUAUAGUUUUAUUUUUAACUUCAAAACACUUGAACUAUUUCUGUUGAAGUUUCCUCUCCUCUCCCUGCCUUCCCAACAGAACCCUGUACUCUGCUGCAGCUGGUGUGCCCCAGCCACCUCCCAGCGAUCUGCCUGCUCACAAUCAAGGGACGCAGGUGCAGUAUAUGAGUCCCCACUCAGCCUGCUGCUGGGGCCUUUGACCCCUGCACUAGCCACAGAACAGCUGAAUAUACCUUGGUGAAUUGCACACGAUAGAUAUUCCACAGACACUUACACGCUGCCCCAGACCAAGUUGGAUUUCAGACUGACCUAUAAGUAGACAUAAUGCCCCAGUGAGAGAGGUUAGGAGAGUUAAGAAACAAGAAGAAAUUGGGAAGCUAUGGGCAGAGCACACAGGCCCCCACCUGGGCAGCACAGGCACUGUGAGGGAUGCUUCAACCGCCACUGCCACGUUCCUGUGGAGCCCAAUGUCUCCUGCCUGGUGAUCAGCUGCCACCUACUCUGUGGUGCUACCUUCCACAUGUGCAAAGAGGCAGAGCAUGAGCUCCUCUGCCCUUUAGAGCAGGUCCCGUGCCUCAACUCUGAAUAUGGCUGCCCCCUUUCCAUGUCUCGCCACAAGCUGGCCAAGCACCUGCAGAUGUGCCCCGCCAGUGUGGUCUGCUGCUCCAUGGAGUGGAACCGCUGGCCAAAUGUGGACUCUGAAACAACCCUUCAUGAGAACAUCAUGAAAGAAACCCCUAGUGAGGAGUGUUUAGACACAGCCCUGGCCCUCCAGGACCAGAAGGUCCUCUUCAGAUCCUUGAAAAUGGUAGAACUUUUCCCAGAAACUAAAGAGGCCACUGAGGAAGAACCAACUAUAAAUGGUGAAGCUAGUUGGGAGGAAAUGGGAGGAGCAGUGGGUGGAGUGGAAAACAGCUCAUCACCACAUGGCUGUCUGUCAGUAGCCAGUGGGGAGAUGGCAGAGCUGAGUCAAGAAGAACGAGACGCAUUAGCUAAAACCAAAGAAGGGCUGGACCUGGCCAAGUUUGGCAAGUGGGAAAAUAUGUUCAGCAAAGAGCAUGCAGCCUCUGCGUUAACAAAUUCAUCAGUGAGCUGUGACAGCAAGAGCAGGAAUGGCCCAGGGACAGAACAGAUUUCCAGUGGCAAUACCGUGGUGAAUGGAGAGGGCACUGCUGAAGGGAGAGGGCCGCAGGAAAACCAGAAGCAGCGGGACUUUUGUGCAGCCGUGGAAAAGGCAGGGCUUGCCCCUUGGCAGGACGGUGUUCUGGAAAGACUGAAAACAGCUGUAGAUGCAAAGGAUUAUAACAUGUAUCUAGUGCACAAUGGGCGGAUGCUUAUUCACUUUGGUCAGAUGCCUGCUUGUACACCUAAGGAGAAAGACUUUGUUUAUGGCAACCUUGAGGCUCAGGAAGUUAAGACUGUUUACACCUUCAAAGUUCCUGUGAGCUACUGUGGAAAGCGAGCUCGAAUUGGAGAUGCUAUGUCACGUUGUAGGCCAAGUGAACACAAGGCAGUAGAUACUUCAGAUUUGGGGAUCACUGUGGAGGACCUGCCAAAAUCCGACCUCAUCAAGACCACCCUCCAGUGUGCUUUGGAAAGAGAACUCAAAGGUCAUGUCAUCUCGGAAUCCAGGAGCAUUGAUGGGCUGUUCAUGGAUUUUGCCACACAGACAUAUAGCUUUGAGCCAGAACAGUUCUCCUCUGGGACAGUGCUGGCUGACCUCCUCACCACUGCCAACCCAGGGGGACUUCAUGUGGAGCUCCACAGUGAGUGUGUGACCCGAAGACACAAUAAGAGCAGCUCUGCCUUUACUUUCACUUGCAACAAAUUCUUCAGGAGGGAUGAAUUCCCCCUGCACUUCAAGAAUGUCCACACAGACAUCCAGUCAUGUCUCAAUGGCUGGUUCCAGCAUCGAUGCCCCCUUGCCUACUUGGGAUGUACGUUUGUUCAAAACCAUUUCCGCCCCCCAGGGCAAAAGGCAAAAGUGAUCUAUAGUCAGGAACUCAAGACCUUUGUCAUCAAGCCAGAGGUUGCUCCAGAGCUAAGUGAAGGAAGGAAGAACAACCAUCUCUCAGGCCAUGGAGGAAAAAGCCAGAAUUCUCUAACCAGCUUGCCCCUGGAGGUUUUGCAGUACAUUGCUGGGUUCUUGGACAGCGUCAGCCUGUCCCAGCUCUCCCAAGUGUCUGUGCUGAUGAGGAAUAUCUGUGCAACUUUGUUACAAGAGCGAGGGAUGGUCCUCUUGCAGUGGAAGAAGAAGAGGUAUUCCCAUGGAGGCACCUCCUGGAGAGUCCACAGGGAGAUCUGGCAGUUCAGCAGCCUCUUCUCCAAAAUUAAGAGCUGGGAGUUUAAUGAAGUCACCUCCAUGUCUGAGCACCUGAAGGCCUGUCCUUUCAACAUUGUAGAGCACAAGACUGACCCCAUACGUUUGACCAGCAUGUGUCAGUCCCAUGAGCAGGCCCAGGAGAGCUUAGUCUCCACCUUUAGAGCCAGACCACGAGGAAGACAUGUCUGCUAAACAUUCAGAUUCCACUGUUCUUGGAUUUCUCUGUGGAGUUAUUGAAAGUAGGACAGAGAGUGGUUUUUGAGGACUCCCUACUGUAUACUGCUUAUGUGCUUAUCUGGGUGUACUGGAACAAACAAUGUCCUUCAAACUGUCAGCAGUCACACAGGCCUAAGAAUUGCCUAAGCCAUGGCUUAUACUUCCUAAGCCAUGGCUUAAGAAUUUCUUAAGUUAUGGCUUGUAUUAUAGUGCCAUAUGGAUGACUUAUUUCUUUUCCUUUUUUUUUUUCCCCUUUCCUAAAAUAGAUGAGUACAAAGAGAAAAUAAGUAACUUGAGGCCAUUUGGAAAAUGAACGUAAGUUUUUGGGAGAAGAGAGAGCAAUGAAGUCCCAUAACCAGCACAGAACUGAGCUUUCACGCAGGGCUUUUUAGUUUACAAAUCACCUUCCAAUUCAUGGGGAGGCAAUGCAGGGAUGGGACUGGGGUGCAGAGAGUUACCUCCCAGUGCACCCAGGGUGAAGGGCACACAACUGGAAGGCUCUAGAGCUGGGGCUGUCUUGACAGUCAAGACUGGGGCUUCUUUUAGUCACCCUACUGCUUCUAAGCCCAGGUGGUCCCAAUAUAGCCAGACAGAGUAGAUCUCUGAUGGCUGAGCACUGCAGCCUCAACACCACAGGCCAAAAGAUGAGGGGCAGAAAUGAAGUCACAGAGUUUGUUUAUAGAAUCUCAGCAACAGAUAGAAGGAAAGUCUUGAAAAAUGAAGAUAAAUCCAAAGGAGACACUAUAUUUUUGGAGAAAAUUAGGGAAAAAAAGCCACAAGCCUACUUUUUCAAGUUUCAGUAAUGACUUAAGAGUUAAGGUUGCUUUCUUCUGAAAAUUAUAUUCUAGGUUUGGGUUAGGGAGAGCAUAGGCAUAGCCCAGCACCACCCUGUGCUAUCUGAAAUGACUUCAAUACACUAAUAAACCUCAGUGGCAUGCCAGAAUGCACGCCAUAACUCAAGGAGACCACACAUUUGGCAAAACCAGACAAAGCCUUCUGCAGUUCCUAUGGAACCAGUCACUAGGUCCUAGAUACCACUUGGGUGCCCCAAUGGGGGUCCUGGAGAGGAAGCAGGUGGACAUAAUGGCUCCCAGAAAUUGCUCCUACUUAUUGUGGUCAUGCUUCCAGCCUGUUAAAAAUAGAUGAUACUGCUGUUUUGAGUAACUAACAAACAGUGACUAUUUACAAGAGCAGAAGUAAAAAAAAAAAAAAAAAAAAAAUACACAAUAGAAACCAGCAUCCCCUAAAGCAGGGUUUCUCAACCUCGGAACUACUGACAUUUUGAACUGGAUAAUUCUUUGUUGUAAGGGACUGUCCUGUGUAUUAUAUUAUUUAUAUUAUAUUUAGCAGCAUCCUUGGUCUCUAUCCAUUAAAUGCCAGUAGCACCCCUACAGUGGUAACAACCAAGAUGUCUCCAGAUAUUGCCAAUUGUCCUCUGGGAGCAAAAUGGCUCCUGGUUGAGAACCACUGUCCUAAAGGAUGUCAUACCACUGACAGGGAGUUAGGAUACACUUAUUUUUCAGUACAGCAAAAUUCUAUCUCAUGUAGCUAUGCACGUGGUUAUGAUUUAAUGAAGUUCUUCUUUACAUACUAAGUAGGUUUUAGACGUGGUAAUUUUAAGUUGGGAACGAAAUGGAUCUGAUUUGUUUGAUAUGGCUUCACGUCCUCGGGCCACAUGAGAGAACACAUCUUUCAGCUCUCUCUGGGUAUACCUGAAGCCAGGAAAGUUGAGCUAUUUGUCUCAUGUUUAUAUGCCUGUUACCUUAACUGGUGCCAUUUCCCCAGCAGUUCUAGCAGUCCUUAAGCAAGUGAGGAAUUGGGAGAAGGAAGGACAGGCAUUGCAGGGAAUCAGAGAACAAAGAAUUUAGCCAACAAAAGAGUCUUGUCAGUCUGGCUUCUUGGUAUGGUCUGGGUCUCUCGCUGAACAUGGUUCGGAGCUGGUGUAGCGGAAGUAGACGACACCUCUGAGAAGAGUCAAGAAGGCAGGAGAGUGAGUCCCACACCAGAAAUACGCUCAUCUUUCCAUUGUAAUGUGCCCCUUGGUACUAUUUGCUAAUGUAAUCUAUUUUUCUUAAUCCUUGUUGUUUUGCUUAUAUUUCACACUUGUAUAUAAAGCACCCUUUUCUAAAAAUAUAACUAGAAUGUAAUCUAAGGUUUUAUUCAUUGAAUAUGAAUGGCUGGAAACAACUAAAUGCUGAAGUGGGAAAGAAGGAAGAGAGAUCUCCAGGUAUCAGUUCCAUGUGUUUUGCAUCCAGUCCUUCCUCCAUGGAGGAAGAAAGCUCCUGGAAUCCACUCAUUUUAUUAGAAAAAGAGAGAAAGGGGAACUAUAGACCAACGGAGAUGAAAAUCAGGGUCUGUGGUUAGACAGAUGAGAAGCAAGGUGCUUUAUAGAGAAAGACAGCGGAGGGCUUUCCCUUCACAAUCUGGGUGGGAGGGGGCGGCCCAGGUUCAGGAGAGCAGUGAGGGCACUGCCCCCAGCUGCUCUGUGGCUUUCAGCCUCACUUUCUUCUCCCGAUGGCUGCCUUCAGAACAGUAUCGAAUCAACCUCAUCAAGUGCAUCCUGUAUCUAAUUACAUAUGUUGCAGGAAGCCAGAGUAUUACUGGUAUCCCCUGGUCCAUAGAAAGGAGCGCAUUUUAUGGUGAGAGGGCAGAUGGAGUCAAAGGGAAGUCUUUCAGAGAGACUGUGGAUUAGACAGCGAUGGUUUGAUCAGUGAGAUGAGGUUGUAGUGAGCAGCAUGUGCCCCCAGUGUUGUCUGAUAGAGGCAUGACAGCUAGACAUGGCUUCAGAUUAAGAAGCAGCUGAGGAGGUGAAGAGGGACUGUAUACACAGGAAUAGGAGCCUGGAUGGAGAGAUUCUACAAGCACAGCCCUUGGUGAAUAUCACUGCUGAGAAAGACAUCCAGAGCAGAGAUCAGCCGAACACGCGGGGCGAGGACCUUGCUGCCUUUGUAGCAUGGGGAUCUGGAAAAGAAGUUUCUGUCUUAUAAUGAAGGGAAAAGUGAAAUAUAAGGUGGAACUUGGAGAUGUAUCAGGAAAACCACUGUAAAAGUCUUAUUUAUGUAUGUGUAAAGUCAAAUCAAACUGAAAUGAAGAAUGAGAUUGUGUAUAUCUAUGGUGACUUACCUCCAUGUACUGGAAAUCCCAAUGUCUCUCUCUAUAAGAGGAAAUAAAAGCUGCUUUGCACUCUGA